AUGAACGGGAACGAGUGUGGCAUAAUAAACGACGCCUGCGUGUCUAUGCGCGUGUGCUUUGACAGUUUGUGCUUCUCGUCGACGCAGCACAGGCUCGCCGACGAGGAAGACGCAUUUCAGCUCCAGUCUAACGGCACGGCAAUCGUUGUCUCGUCGAGUUCCACGUCGCCGUCGAAUUCUCCGACGGCUGUUCCUGUUCCUGGUCCUAAUUUUACCGCAAUCACGGCGACCACUUGCAGCGAGGGACUGGGUCAAGUUUUGGCCCGGGCCGCUACUCCUCCGAGCAACUCUACCUUGACUCCUGCCAUGGAGAAGCUCCAGGAGCUUCUCAGGACUAAAGAUGAAAGGAUUUCACAGCUUGAGGCUACUCUCACGAAAAAGGACAAUGAAAUUCAGGACCUCAGGAGUCAUCUGGAUAAAUUCAUCAGUAUCAUGUCCAUCAAGUCUCCUCUUACGCCUACUAAGUCCAGGCCCAGGAAACAACGCGCUCAGGGUAUUUCUGCGGAGCCGCCUCUUCAUCAGCUGACUCCGCUCAAGUUUUAUGACAAGAGCGACAGGUUAGUUUUAUUGUUGAUACUCUACAAGCGCAAAAAAUCAGGGCGCAUUGUUCAUUGUUCAUUUCCAUUUCCAUCUCCAUUUUCAUUUUUUUCCGACUUGAAUAAUAAUCCUGGUGAGUCCUUAGGGUCCCAUCCAUCAUAUUCAGAUUAUCCAGCCAUGUCUCGAGAGCAGUGUCACUUGUGUCUUAGUCACUACGCGGAUCUCUUUGUUCAAUUUGGCUGA